UAAAAAUAAAAAUUUGGCGGUUAAAGUAUCUCGCUUCUUUACUCUGUUUUCAUUUUUGAAUUAAUUACAAAAUAUAGUAUCAUUUAGAAAAAUAAGUACUUAGACUAAAUUACGAUGGAUAACGAAACCGCGUCACCACACGAUGAGUAUCAGUAUUUGAACCUAGUAAAGAAAAUAAUUGAGACAGGCGAAAAAAGGAUCGACAGAACUGGUGUUGGUACCUUAUCUAUUUUCGGUGCCAUGGAAAGAUAUUCCUUGGAUAAUAAUACGUUACCAUUACUAACUACCAAAAGAGUAUUUGUAAGGGGUGUCAUAGAAGAACUGCUGUGGAUGAUAUCUGGAAACACUGACAGUAAAGUCCUAGCAAGUAAAGGAGUACAUAUUUGGGAUGCAAAUGGUUCUAGAACAUUUCUAGAUAAUUUAGGUUUUACUGAUAGAGAAGAAGGGGAUCUUGGACCAGUGUAUGGGUUCCAGUGGAGAUAUAGCGGGGCUGAAUAUGUGAAUGCUAAAACCGAUUACAAAACACAGGGCAUCGAUCAACUACAAAAUGUUAUAAACACAAUCAAAAAUAAUCCCAACGACAGAAGAAUGUUGAUGUGUGCCUGGAAUCCCCCAGACUUGAGUAAAAUGGCACUCCCUCCGUGCCACUGCUUAGCACAAUUCUAUGUCGCCAAUGGAAAGCUUUCUUGUCUCCUGUACCAGAGAAGUGCCGAUAUGGGCCUAGGUGUCCCAUUCAACAUUGCAAGUUAUGCUUUAUUAACACAUAUGAUCGCACAUGUAACAAACCUGCAGGCUUCCGAGUUCAUUCAUACAACAGGUGACACUCACGUGUACUUGAACCACAUCGAACCCUUAAAAAUACAGUUAGAAAGACAACCGAGACCUUUCCCAACGUUGGAGUUUGCUCGCAAAAUUGAGUCUAUAGAUGAUUUCAAAUAUGAAGAUUUUGUCAUUAAAAAUUAUAAUCCUUGUCCAAAGAUUGAAAUGGAAAUGGCUGUAUAAAUUCUAUUAUUACAUACAUACAUAAUAAUCGACGGUAUUUUUAAAUUUGU